AUGUCACUCUUAUUCAGUCGAACGGCAAGGCUUAUACGACCAACAUGCUACAAUCCCAUCAUUAGGUUUCAAAGUACGAUUGCUGCCUCCAGUAAAGUCACUGCCAAUCCGUCACUAACAAACUCGUUUCCAAGGCAAGACAUUUACAAUAAUAUAUCAGCGCUCAAACUAUCAUCGAAUGGAUCAAAGGAUUUGUACGCGGUCAUGAGAUUGUACAAUAUGCCUUACUUGGUCACCAAAGGUGACAAGAUAUACUUACCUUACAAGAUGAAAAAUGUCAAAGUUGGCGAUGUUUUGAACUUGAAUGAUGUGACAACAUUGGGAUCUACUACUCACACUUUGAACAUCAACAGUGGCAUAGACCCUUCCAUUUACGAAUUGCAAGCAAGUGUUGUUGAAAUAACUAGAGAACCUCUUUACCAAGUGGUGAAGAAGAAGCCAAGGUGUAGAAGAACAAAAACCACCAAUGUCGAACCUUAUCAAACCGUGUUGAGAAUCAAUGAGCUAAGAUUAAAGUAA